AUUAAAAAAAAAAAAAAAACUGCAGAACUCGUAUGAUCGUAGCCUAUUCGUAUAGUAUCCAAAUCCUGCCUUUUCAUUCAUCAUUCAUGAAUCUGUCUCGUAAGGAAUAAGACAUCAUGACUUCCAACAACCAAUGAAACUGAGUCACUGCUAAGAGAAGAAUUAUACUAUAAGUUGAAGGGCAAAACGUGGCUGCUGACGGCACCUUCAAGUUCAAGUCUUCAACCCGGACCCGAACAAAAAGUGUUAUCGUCAGCCCGUCCAGACUCCAGUCGACCACAAUAAUAAAUUAUGAUCCCAUGCACAUAUUACUAGGCCAAAUGUACAAGUUAUUAGCAGUGCCAACUGCCAAGUAAAUUUUGCUUGCGUUGUUAAUAUCCUACUUUUUCAGUAAAUUGAACUUUUGAUCGAGUUUUUCACUGUUUUUGAAGCAUGUCUUGGCCUUGCUUUUUAACAAGAAGGGUGGUGCAUCAAGUUUGGGGCUUUUCCAGAGUUACCUAUUGCCCAGCUAAAAAAUUGUUUACUCAAACUUCUGCUGUUUGCGGGAAGAUGAGCAUUGCUGAUGAGCUUAACUUGCCUGAUCCACCAACCAAGCCACUGCAGCCUUUUGCCAAAUUCAUGAGCAAAGGGCACAAGGAAUAUCCACAUCUUUCUUGGACAGAGAGAAUACGUUUGCUGUCAGAAAUUUGGAACAGCCAGACUCAAGAACAGAAAAAACAUCUCCUGAAUGAAUACUAUGAAGAAAAGAAGCAGUAUCAGUUGAAAUACAAAGCCUACCUCAGCCAGUUGACUCCAGAACAAAUACAGAGCAUAGAAGAAGCUGUUGACCGCAGGAAGAAGAGCAAAGAAAGAUUACUCAGCAAGAGAGGGAAGAAGAAAGAAAUGGAAAGACUGAAUCGUCCCAAGCAACCAGAGAAUUGUUUCUUCCUCUUUCUUAAUACACUCAGACAUGAUGAGCCUUCCACAGAGAAAGGAGAUAAGAAAGCCUUCAUGGCGAAAGCCGUGGCCAAGUGAAAAGCUUUAUCAGAGGCUGAGCGCAACGUUUUCAUAGAAAAGAGAUGUUGCGUGAAGGUCGCCCAGAACUCGUUCGCAAAACAACCUUUCACCGCUAUGAUAA